GAUCAGAGUAGCCUUGCUCUCUCAAAAAAAAAAAAACAAGAAAAAAAAAAAAACAGGGGAAAGUAAAAACUAUCUCUAACAGCUCAAAGGCAAAGGGAGAUUAAAAAUAAAGUGAAGGAGGAGAAGCAAAGCAAAAUCCCAGUGACCAUCAUGGCAUUCCCAGCAGCUCUGCAGAUAUGCACUAUAUUUCUCUAUUCUUGUGCUCAGAUUGCGGCUGGGCAGCAACAAACAGACAGCUUGUACAUGUGGAUUGAUGCUCAUCAAGCCAGAGUUUUAAUAGGUUUUGAAGAGGAUAUUUUGAUUGUGUCCGAAGGGAAAAUGGCUCCAUUUACUCAUGAUUUCAGAAAAGCCCAACAGAGGAUGCCAGCAAUACCUGUAAAUAUACAUUCUAUGAAUUUUACUUGGAAAGCAACUGGGCAGGCAGAAUAUUUCUACGAGUUUCUUUCUCUGCGGUCCCUGGAUAAAGGAAUCAUGGCAGAUCCUACCGUAAACAUUCCAUUACUAGGAACUGUACCACACAAAACCUCAGUUGUGCAGGUUGGAUUCCCGUGCCUUGGUAAUCAAGAUGGAGUUGCAGCCUUCGAAGUGAAUGUGAUCGUCAUGAAUUCCGAAGGCAAUGUUAUCCUCCAAACACCGCAGAAUGCCAUAUUUUUCAAAACAUGUCAGCAAGCAAAAUGUCCGGGUGGAUGCAGGAAUGGGGGAUUCUGCAACGACAGGCAUGUCUGCGAAUGUCCUGAUGGGUUUUACGGACCGCACUGUGAAAAAGCGCUGUGCAUGCCGCGGUGUAUGAAUGGUGGACUCUGUGUUACACCUGGAUUGUGCAUCUGUCCACCUGGCUAUUAUGGAGUCAACUGCGAUAAAGUAAACUGUACAACAACUUGUCUGAAUGGCGGGACCUGCUUCUACCCAGGAAAGUGCAUCUGUCCUUCUGGGUUUGAGGGCGAUCAGUGCGAAAACAGUAAAUGCCACCAACCAUGCAGAAAUGGGGGAAAAUGCAGCGGCAGAAAUAAAUGCAAGUGUUCUAAGGGUUACCAAGGAGAUCUGUGUUCAAAACCUGUUUGUGAACCGGCUUGUGGAGCGCAUGGUACUUGCAUUGAACCCAACAAAUGUCAAUGCAAAGAAGGAUGGAGUGGAAGACAUUGUAACAAAAGGUACGGAGCCAACGUCAUGAAUGCCCUAAAGCCAACAGGCACCAAAAACAGACAACACACUCCUUCUCCUAAAAGGACUGAAGAAAGGCACAUUCCACCCGAAUCCAAUUAUAUCUGGUGAACCCGCACAUCUGAAACCUUUUACAUUACACAAAGUUCGCAGCCUUCAUUAACCUUUCAUGUGUUGGAUGUUAAAGUGCUGUUCAGAACAGUUUGAGAUUACUGGCCUGAAUCUUAUUAGCUUCAUUAUAAACCACUGACAUAAUCUUUUACUACCAAGGUUAUGUGCUUAGUAUUAUUACAUAGAUUUCCUUUACUCAGUGGUUCCAUCUACGUCCUAUGUAUUUCCAACAUAAAUCCAUUUUUACCAUUUCUUAAAAACAAAUAUCAGGCAGACAUUAGUCAUUUCAGAAGCAAGUGAAGAGUCGGUGAGAACUGUUACUAAUUUACAGGAAUAAAAAUGGUUAAAGUGAAAAUUCUAUUGAGUCAUAGUGUCUUAUUGUUUAACCCCUUAUGAUAUUUCAUGUCCGCGUCACAACCUCUUCCAGUAUGGAAUGUUCUCGUUAAUUACUAUAGGUAGAUCUACACACUUAUUGGGCGAGGCAUUUAAUUUUGAUGAAGAAUAUUUUAUCUCAUAAGGACCAAAUACAUUGUUUUUUCUGUUUCUAAUUUCCAGCUGUCUGCUGUGUCCAACCCUGAAAAUUCCAAGUACUAUGACCACUACAGAGCACUGUGGUGUAUUGGCACCUCUCCCAAUAAAAGUAGUCAAACUACUUCCUAGUGGUUUGGCUUCUCAACUGGGGUCUGCAAGCUGCUGGUCACUUUAUCUAUAAGAGCUGUAAAUUCUCAGCUCUGAGCUAAGUGUGCUGUAGUAGUUAUGGUGUUUGAAGUUACGCAGUCAGCUAGCUUAAAAAAAAAAAAAUAAAGUCCUUCGAGUUCAACCUUUAGAACACAUCUUUUUAUCCUGUUGAUCAAACAGUAGAAAAAAAAAAGUUUGAAACGAUGGCCAAUUAUGCCACAAAGAGGGGAUUUAAUCCUUUAAAUGAGUGGGACAUCUUAAUUUAGAAUAGGAUCUGUAAGACUAAAUUGUUAUUAACGAACAAAUCAGUCACUGCCAUUAAAAGUUAAAUAAAGCAUUGCCUUUCUCAGUCUUUUGUCGAGACUGACCUCGGGAAAUGUCGAGUUUUUGAUCUCUCUUAGUGCUGAGCACUGCAGCAGCGAACAUCAGUGAUUUUUAAUGUACAUUUUUCAUCUAUUAUCGUUGGUCUACCAUUAGAAAAUUCAUCCCACCAUAGCUCAAAGCUUUGCAAAGCAUGUGUCUCUUUUACUGGAGAAAGGAAAGGCAGAAUUUGAUGACAAAAAUUGUCAUUUUAGCCAUUAAUAUUCCUCUAAAUUCAGACAUUGCAGGCAGAUAACACAAAGUGUGGUGUUUAUUUCUUUGCUUUUGUGUACUUAAUUCUUAAACAUUUAAUGUCAUAAUUUAAUUAAUUUUGUAAUCCCUUGAAAUCUUUAUAUUCAUGUAAAAUACAGUAAACUGCAAACUAAUCAGGGCCAAGCAGCUUUGACUGCGGUCUUGAUACUAGAAUUAGUUAAACAAGCAUUUGUUGGGACUUGGGAGUAGUAAGUGGCAUACCGUGAUUAUGAUAUAUUGUAUAUUGUUAACUGCAGAAAAUGUAUGGACAUUUUAUAUUAGCUUCAAAGCAACUAUAGUAUAAUGUCAUUACAGUAAAAUUUACAAUAUUGUGUUCAAAAUUAAAAUGCCACUUUGAUUGUA